AUGGCGUUCAACUUCAACUGGUCGCCGUUGAUGGCGGACGCGGGCUUUUACACUCGCGCCCAAGAUCUGCUUACUGCCGCGCUCAAUAAAUCCCCCAAACCCCCCAUCAUCGUCGAUGAUAUUAUCGUCACCGAGCUCAACCUGGGCUCCAUGCCCCCGAAUCUGGAGAUUUUGGAAAUCGGUGACCUGGCCGAGGAUCGCUUUCGCGGCAUCUUCAAGAUGUCCUAUUCCGGCGACGCUUUCUUGACCCUCAAGACCCGCGUUCAAGCCAACCCACUCAAUACAUACCUCCUCACAAGGCCUGCAUUUGCAUCGCCGAAGCCUCUUGCCGCUGCAACUCCUCUCACCAUCCCUCUCCAAAUUACUCUCUCCGAUUUCAAACUCUCCGGCUUUGUGAUCCUCGUCUUCUCCAAACAAAAAGGUAUCACGGUCGUCUUCCGCAAUGAUCCCCUAGAGUCUCUCAAGGUCUCGUCCACGUUCGAUUCGAUCCCAUUCGUGCGCGACUUCCUACAGAAAGAAAUCGAAGCUCAACUCCGCAUCUUGUUCAUGGACGAGCUACCCGCCAUCAUUCACCGAUUGUCGCUUCGCUUAUGGGUUCCUGAAUAUCGCGCUGGGGAGGAUGUCAAGACCCAGAACGACAAUACCGAGUCCACCAGUGAGGGCCCAGGCCAAGAUCCAUUGGCAAGCCCCCCGCAGGACCCAGUCGAUGCGAUGGGCAAUGCUUUGAAUGAAUCCGAGAUCGCAUCCCUCUCCCUGGACUCCUCCGUCGAGACCCAUUCGCUGUUCUCGCAGAAGAACCUCCUCCGUCUCGCCGCCCUGACUGACUCGCAACGAACGCUGUCGCUCUUCACCCCCUCCAUCCAAGAAGUCGUGUAUCGCGCAUGGACAUCGCCUGUCGACCCCAGCGAAGCCGCCGCCAGUAUCGUUUCCCCGCUCAGCCCGGCACUUUCCCGAACACAUUCGCAAAUUGGCAGUAUGGCCUCGUCGAUUCACGAGACUGCUAGCGUCACCUCUUCGCACAGCCGCCCCUCUUUGUCAUCCACACACUCGUUCAGCAGCUAUGGGUUGAAUUUGGGAACUGGGCGCCAUUCCAAGGCUCACUCCCGGAGACGAAAGAAGCGUGUCGUGGACCUGCGUCGACCCAAGACGACCGAUGACGCCAUGAGCGUGAGCGAUGACAGUGCCUUGACAGAGUCUUCGAGUCCGCCAUCCAUCUACUCUGCACCUUUGCCGAUUGUGAACGAGCAGUCCGACGACCCGGUCACCCCUCCUCUGUCCCCCGAGACCGACUCUCACCUGCCGAUGAUUCCAGAGCGAUAUCGGACCAGUAUCUCGCGACCGACCCUUCGUCGCAGCACCUUGACUCGCGACAACGAGGAUCCAUCCUACUCCACUGAGACCAUUCGUCCUCCCAAGGCCGAGGAUGUGGAGGCAACUCCCCGUGCUACUGUGCGUGGUGGAUAUCAAAACGAAAAGGCUGAGGCGGGUUCCUCCUCGGGCAGUGCCCGGCCACCCUUGCCUGCCACCAUUCUUCCAUUCACCAAGGAAGACAAUUCAACCGGCGACACUGUCGACCCUCUUCUGGUCGAGCGACUGGCUGGCGAGAUUGCUCGUCGCAUCCGUGACGAGAAACUCAUGGCGAACAACGCCUGCAGCAACUUCUGGUCUCGUGCCCAGGACGAUGCUCCUCCCCCGGCAUAUGGCCACUAA